CGUUGGCUGGUCCUGAACCGUUUGGCUUUCUCCACUAGCAAACAGCCCCACAAUGUACCUCAUUCGCUCUUAAAUAUAUUUUUAAAAGGUUUUUAGCCCUAUCUACGCCGAUGUAAACCGAACCGGACGUUCGUUUGGGAAUUUAACUCGCUCUUCGACGUUUCAAAGCAGGCUUAUAACGCUUUGUUGCGGCUCUGUUUUAAAAAAUAGUCGAGGAGGAGGAAAUUCCACACAGGCAGCACAGCACAGAAGGCACCCCUUGUGUUGAUCCGGAUAUUUAAAACUGAAGAGACUCCCCCCGGCGGUGUAAGGUUGAAGGCUGACAUCCCAACAAGACCUGAUCACAUGGUGCUGAGACAUUUGGACAGGUCCCUUAUAAAACAUUUGCAUUGUGGAAAAAGGGUUGAUACUGUGGUGGCUUGUGUCCUGUGUGCUGACCUCAUGGUGUAAGCAGGUGUAAAGAUGAGCAUAAGCAGUGAUGAGGUCAACUUUCUGGUGUACAGAUACCUACAGGAGUCAGGGUUUUCCCAUUCAGCCUUCACGUUUGGCAUAGAGAGCCAUAUCAGCCAGUCCAACAUCAACGGAGCCCUAGUGCCCCCUGCUGCCCUCAUCUCCAUCAUCCAGAAGGGCCUGCAGUAUGUGGAGGCAGAAGUUAGCAUCAAUGAGGAUGGCACGCUGUUUGACGGCCGGCCGAUCGAGUCUCUGUCGCUGAUUGAUGCGGUAAUGCCGGAUGUGGUACAGACGCGACAACAGGCAUACCGAGACAAAUUGGCCCAGCAACAGGCCGCUGCAGCACCCCCUGCCACCAGCGCCAAUAUGCAGGGCAACGCCAAAAAUGGAGAAAACACCGCCAACGGAGAGGAGAACGGUGCACAUGCCUUACCCAAUAACCAUGCAGACAUGAUGGAGGUGGAUGGGGAUGUGGAGAUCCCGCAGAAUAAAGCCAUGGUGCUGAGGGGCCAUGAGUCUGAGGUGUUCAUCUGCGCCUGGAACCCUGUCAGUGACCUGCUUGCUUCUGGGUCUGGGGACUCCACUGCUCGUAUAUGGAACCUAAGUGAGAACAGUACCAGCAGCUCCACACAGCUAGUCCUCAGGCACUGUAUACGAGAGGGCGGCCAGGAUGUCCCCAGCAACAAAGACGUUACAUCAUUAGACUGGAAUAGUGAGGGUACAUUAUUAGCCACAGGCUCUUAUGAUGGCUUUGCCAGAAUAUGGACUAAAGAUGGGAAUCUUGCCAGUACUCUGGGUCAACAUAAAGGUCCUAUAUUUGCGUUGAAAUGGAACAAAAAAGGAAAUUUCAUCCUUAGUGCUGGUGUAGAUAAGACAACAAUUAUUUGGGAUGCUCAUACAGGAGAGGCUAAGCAGCAGUUCCCCUUCCAUUCAGCUCCUGCUCUGGAUGUGGACUGGCAGAGCAACAACACCUUCGCCUCCUGCAGCACGGACAUGUGCAUUCAUGUGUGCAAACUGGGCCAGGACCGACCCAUCAAGACAUUCCAAGGACACACAAAUGAAGUAAAUGCAAUCAAAUGGGAUCCGACUGGCAACCUGCUGGCAUCCUGUUCUGAUGACAUGACGCUGAAGAUCUGGAGUAUGAAGCAGGACACAUGCGUUCAUGACUUACAAGCUCACAGCAAAGAAAUAUACACUAUCAAAUGGAGCCCAACCGGCCCUGGCACCAACAAUCCUAAUGCCAAUCUUAUGCUUGCCAGUGCAUCCUUUGACUCCACUGUUCGGCUAUGGGAUGUAGAUAGAGGCAUCUGCAUUCACACGUUAACCAAACACCAGGAGCCAGUGUACAGUGUGGCCUUCAGUCCUGACGGCCGCCAUCUGGCCAGCGGCUCCUUUGACAAGUGUGUACACAUCUGGAACACACAGACUGGUGCUUUAGUUCAUAGCUACAGGGGAACAGGGGGCAUUUUCGAAGUUUGCUGGAAUGCAGCUGGUGACAAAGUGGGGGCAAGUGCAUCGGAUGGCUCUGUUUGUGUAUUAGAUCUGAGGAAAUAACGCUGCUUGUUGGAAGCCAUGGACCGACUAUGAAUGUGUACAUAGCCAAAAUGACUGUCCCUGCCCCAUGUACUGCUACAAUCCCUAUUGUACCAUGGCCAGCCACUACAGACAGGAAAACAAGCACCCUGACACAGACCAAGCAGAGUGGACGUGAUUCCAACCAGAGACAUAAAAGGGACUUUUGUAAGUAACAUCGGUGGGGGAAAAAAUACAAAAGAAGACGAAGAAAAAAGGACUGGUAUAUUUACCAAAUUUGGAAGAUAUUUUACUAUUUGUUCUUCAAACCAAUCUCAUCGAAAUAAACGAGCGAAAAGAUUUUAA